AGAGAAGGGAAAGAGCACGUUGUAACAUUAAUGUCUCACACAAAUCCAAGUUCCCAAUCUUCAAAACUCCCCUUUUAAAUAUGAAUAAACCAUUGGAAAUCUGAGACCUUGCCCCCUUUAAUCUUUCUUUUCAUUCUUCUUCCUAAUCAUGCCUACUUCUACUCUUUUCAAGUUAUUGAUUGGUGUUUGUUUUCUCGUGCUUCUUCACGGCCUUCCUGCCUCCGCGCAGCUUUUCGUCGUCAAUGGUUGUGUCUACUGCGACACUUGUCGGUGUGGUUUCGAGACAAACGUCUCCACUCCCAUUUCUGGUGCAAAAGUGAGGUUGGAGUGUAGAGAUAGAGCCACAUGGGUGUUGAAGUUCACCAAAGAAGCUAUUACCGAUUCUAAAGGAAAAUACAAAAUCAAUGUGUAUGAAGACCACAAGGAUGAGAGUUGUAAGGUAGUUCUUGUGAGUAGUCCUCAUCUUGGGUGCAACCGUCCCGAUGUAGGUCGAAACAGUGCUACUGUCAUUCUCACCAACAACAAUGGCCUCACUAGCAUCUUCCGCUAUGCAAAUGCAAUGGGCUUCCUGAUCCGACGUCCUCUUGCUUUCUGCCCCACAAUUCUCAAACAAUAUCUCGACUUCGAUGAGUCGUUGUGAAAGCGUUGUCUUUCGCUUAACGGUUUCUAAUAUAUAUAUAUAUCUAGCUAUUAGAAAUAGUGAUUUGAGAAAAAUAAAGUUGUUAAGCUCACUACAAAGGAUUGGUUUUUCAGGGUUUGAUUUCUUUGAUGCAUUGCGCUAUAGUUUUCUUUCUUCUUCUUCUUUUUAACUACUUGUUGGAAAAUGGAUAUGAUGAUAAUAAUGUAUUAACCUCUUGUUAAAUUAGCUUGAGUUCCAUGCAUUUUCUUGAAAGCUCGAGUAUUUACUUUUUAAUGUUUUACUUAGUUUGAGGUUAUGUAUUUAAAUUGUCCAAAGCAUAUAAAUUCAAUAAAUAGUUUUUUUUUCUUCGUAUGGUCAUAAA